GGGACUGGGGCCGGGGGAGCGGCGUGGCGGGAAAUGGCGGCUGUGCUGGGCCGGUCUGAGCUGAGCUGAGCUGAGCGGAGGGAGCCGCGCCAUGAGGCUGCUGCGCGCUCUGCUGCGCGGGGCCGCCCCGGGCACCAUCCCGCAGCAGGUGGAUUUCUAUUCCCGCUUCUCCCCCUCACCGCUCUCCAUGAAGCAGUUUCUGGACUUCGGAUCUGAAAAUGCUUGUGAAAAGACUUCAUUUAUGUUUCUGCGACAAGAGCUGCCUGUGAGAUUGGCAAACAUAAUGAAGGAAAUAAGUCUGCUUCCAGACAACCUCCUGAGAACACCUUCAGUUCAGCUGGUUCAGAGCUGGUACGUCCAAAGUCUUCAGGAGAUCCUUGACUUUAAGGACAAAAGCUCAGAAGAUUCAGGGGCUAUUCACAGUUUUACAGAUACCGUGAUAAAAAUCCGGAAUCGGCACAAUGAUGUAAUUCCUACGAUGGCUCAAGGAGUAAUAGAGUACAAGGAAAGCUUUGGCAUUGAUCCAGUGACCUCACAGAACGUGCAGUAUUUUUUAGACCGUUUCUACAUGAGUCGCAUUUCAAUCAGGAUGCUCCUUAACCAGCACUCUUUACUGUUUGGUGGGAAAAUUAAUCCAGCUCAUCCAAAACACAUUGGAAGCAUCGAUCCUAACUGCAACGUUGUUGAAGUUAUUAGAGAUGGCUAUGAAAGUGCCAAGAGACUUUGUGAUUUAUAUUACAUGAGCUCUCCAGAACUUAUCCUUGAAGAGCUGAACGCUAAAUCACCAGGACAGCCCAUGCAAGUGGUGUAUGUGCCAUCACACCUCUAUCACAUGGUUUUUGAACUUUUCAAGAAUGCAAUGAGAGCCACCAUGGAACAUAAUGCUGAUCGAUGCAUUUAUCCUGCAAUUCAUGUACACGUCACGUUGGGAAAUGAGGAUUUAACUGUGAAGAUGAGUGAUCGUGGUGGUGGUGUUCCUAUGAGGAAAAUUGACAGACUGUUCAACUACAUGUAUUCAACAGCACCACGUCCUCGUGUUGAGACUUCACGAGCUACACCUUUGGCUGGAUUUGGUUAUGGCUUACCCAUAUCACGUCUGUAUGCACAGUACUUCCAAGGAGACCUGAAACUCUAUUCCUUAGAGGGCUAUGGUACAGAUGCAGUUAUUUACAUCAAGGCCUUAUCAACAGAAUCAAUUGAAAGACUCCCUGUGUAUAACAAAGCAGCCUGGAAGCAUUAUAAAGCAAACCAUGAAGCAGAUGACUGGUGUGUGCCAAGCAGUGAGCCAAAGGACAUGACCACUUUUCGCAGUAUGUAGCUUUUUCCUUGGCAGCUCAUAAGAAGUAGGUUUGUCUGUAAAGGCAAUUUAAAAGACCUGAUUUAUACCAAGAUGGUGACCAAGUUUGAUAUGUGAAAGUAAUUUUAAGUGGAGUAAUAGAAGGUGUAGUGUAAUAGUCUUUUCUGAAAUUAAAAAACCAACAACCACCAAAACUCCCAAACUUGUACAUACUUUUAAAUUUUAAGAACGUCACAAUUUGUUUCAUUUUCUGGUUUUGGCUACUUUAAGAGCUAAGUCAAGGGAGCAGUAUUUUGGGUUUUAUAGGGAUCAGUGCAAUCUCUAGCACAUCUGGUAUUAAUUUAUAUAAUUACAAAACCGUUUUAAUGGAAAAACUAUUGAAAAAGCUCACUGGAGCAUUUUUCCAUUAUACAAUAUUACAGAUUAAUGAGAAACUCAUGUGAGAAAUAUUGAGGAGCUUAUUGCUAUACCUUUGCACCUGUAUGGCAUUUGCUAUUCUUUUAUCUUCAGCAUGCUGAAGCCUAAUUUAGCAAAGUAAGAUAUGUUGCCAGCACACCUUGCCUACAUCAAGGGUUUUUUCACCCAGAGAAAUCACGCUUACCUCUGUAGGGAUAAAAAAUAAAUAAUAAAAAAAUUUUAGCUGCAACUACUGGUAUAAUGUAUCUCAGGUAUGGGGCAUCGGUCGAAUUUCUUUUUUUGUAAUGUGAACAUAUAAUACAUGUGAAAAGCUUAUCUUUCCCUGAUUAUUGUGAAUUAACAACUAAUGCUGGCUUGUGUACAGUACAAUGUUGUCUUGCAUUUGCCUGUAUUUCUGUAGGUCCUACCAAAACGCAGCAUCAACGUUAUAGUCCUCGUAAGUUCUCAGACUUGAAAUUGUCAGGUUACAGCUGUAAAAGGAAACUAUUUUAAUAAACAGAUUUUUUAAAAUUUGCCCUUCAUAGGGCAUCUCUAUUACUUUGACAAUAUAAGCUGCCUUCUCAGGAGUAUUUAAAAAAAAGUGGAAUUAACAGUUUUUGAAAAUACCUUUGUAUUUGUGAUGUGCUUCUGGUCUCAUUUUUGUAGUAACUGGAAGUCACACUGUAACUUAAACAUGGUGAGCAGAAUGUGUAUCAAACUGUCAAAACAUACUGGGGAAGAUAGAGAGGGGACUGAAUAUUACAUUUCAGGUACAAACUCCUCCUUUUAAGAAAGGAUUCAACUUCUUUUAAUGCCUACUGUGCCAACUUUGUUCAAAUCAUACACAUGAAUGUUGCACCUCGAUCCCUGUAAUUCCUGAAUGUUUUAAGAGCGAUGCAGUUAACGCCACUGAGAACUAAUCCUUUUCUCAAUUAACUGCAUGUAAUUCUGUGAUUUUUGUUCUGCAGGAGACAUGCAUAAUCCCUCUCAGAAAGAAUAAGCCUAAAUUUUGCAAGCUUACUAUCUCUGUGCAGAGCAGAAGGUGAGAUACUGCAAACGAAGGGCAUAGCUGGUACAUCAGAAAUUGUUCUAGCUGUAGCUGAGCCAGAUUGGAGAUUUCCACCUGCUAUCUCCCUAGCUGAGUUCUGCAAAACAGUGAAAUGGUUUUAUACCCUGGUCAAGCUAAUGUAGAGCACUUUAUCUGGAGUGAAUUACAGACUGCUCUAUAUACACAGUCUGAGGGAGGACUAUUCUAGCUUAAUUGACACCACAACAGUAGCGUUACCUGCUCCACUCAAGCUUGUGGGCAUCUUGAGGCCCCUGCUUUUCUUUCUUACAAGGAUGUGAGGAUGGUGACUGGCACACCUUUUAAUCUGCUUGGCUACAAGUUAGGAGAAGCUAGAGCUGUUCUCUUCUUUGGCCCUGCAAGAGGAUGUACGUGAGAAAUGCCACACAUGGUAAAAUGGGGUCUGGAGGGGACACUUGCAGCUACUGCUUUUGCUAAACUAAAGCUGAAAGUUACAGCAAGGACUUUUAAAAACUCAGAUUUGAAGCUGAGUAUUCUUGCUUUUAUGCUAAGUUUUACAUCUUUUAAUUAAUUCAGUUGAACUGAUUUUAGUAAUAGCUGAGAACUGCAAGAGAUGUUUCUGAAGAAAAGCUAACAGAUUGUUUUCUACAAAGUCUAUUAAAUAUUUCAGAUAUUAUUGAAAUAAAGCCUCUGAGUUAGCUCUCAA